AUGUCCGAUACAGAAGGAGCAGACAACGCCAAUGGCGAAUUAUCUAUAAAAGAAGAAUACGAACUAUGGAGGAAGAAUUGUCGAUACAUGUAUGAGUUCGUUAGUGAAACUGCAUUGAAAUGGCCCUCAUUGACAGUCCAAUGGCUCCCUGAUUAUACCACAGAGGGUGAUAGCGGUGCCUAUAAUUGCAAAUUGCUUCUUGGAACCAACACUUCUGGUCAGGAGACUGACUAUUUGAAGCUCGCACUGACCACUAUUCCUUCAGGGGGAGUUGCUGGUGGUGCUAAUGUUAAUACAAGAAUCAAGGUAAUUCGAAAAUAUGAGAACCCACUGGAGAUUAAUAGAGCAAGGUACAUGCCCCAAGAUCCCAAUUCUGUAGCUACAAUCAAUGGAGAUGGUCAGGUUGAUAUUUAUGAUUUAAAUGAAGAAGCAGGGCCACUGAAAACUGCUUUCAAGUUUCACACUGAAAAUGGUUACGGAUUAUCGUGGAAUCCACAUCAAAAGGGUUACUUAUUAAGUGCAUCAGAUGACAAGACUGUUGUUUUAACAGACAUAGAUUCACAGAAGAAGGUUUUCCAGAAUUCUUUUCAUCUGGAUAUUGUCAAUGAUGUUCAAUGGCAUACUCAACAUACAUUUGGUACGGCUUCUGACGAUAAAUACGUGUGUCUCUUUGAUAUACGUGUCUCAUCUGAAAACCCUGUAUCAAAGCUUUUAAACGAAGAUUCUAAAGGUGUUAAUACUUUACUGUUUUCCCCAUUUGCUAAGAACUUGAUGGCUUUGGGUAAUGCCAACUCAAACAUUUCCUUGGUAGAUUUACGUCAUCUUGAUCGUCACGUUCACACCAUGAUGGGACAUUCUGACCUGAUAACCUGUCUUGAGUUUCUGCUGCAUAAAGAUGGUGUUUUGGCCCUGGGGAGUCAAGAUCGUAGAGUAAUGAUCUGGGAUCUAUUUAAAAUCGGGGAAGAACAACAGCAAGAGGACGCUGAAGAUGGAUGUCCGGAGCUUUUCAUGAUGCAUGCUGGUCACACAGGUCCUGUUAUGGACUUGAGUUGGUGCCCAUUUAAUGAAUGGACCUUAGCAUCUGUUGCUGAAGAUAACAUUGUACAUUUAUGGCAGGUAGGUCAAACGUUGCUAAACUCAGAUACCUCGGUUGUUGUAUCUAACGAUGUUUUAGAGUAA